AUGCAGCUCUUUGCAUUCUGCGAUCGAACCUUUUUCACCUUCGAUGGCAGAACAUACGAACAAAUCAAAGGAACACCCAUGCGUUCCCCAAUAUCCAGCCUAGUUGCGGAAUUGGUCCUACAAGAGCUGGAAAAGGUUGCUUUCAGCCAUUACAAACCUGCGUUUUGGCGCCGAUACGUGGACGAUACAUUUGUGAUUAUUGAAAAAAACAAGCUAUCGGGUUUUAAAGACUUACUUAACAGCAUAUUCCCCGACAUUCAGUUUACAAGAGAAGACGAGGAGGACGAGAAACUACCCUUCCUGGACGUGCUCGUCAUGCGCACACCUGACGGUGAACUCAACACUACAGUGUACAUAAAGGCGACCAAUACAACCCUGGUCCUCAACUAUCAUAGCCAACACCCAUUGGUGCACAAACGGGGCUGUGUGAGGGUGCUUUUCGACCGGGUAAAGACGCACUGUAGCGAGCCCGAAGGAAGGAUGCAAGACCUACGACAUCUCCGGGACCAAUUAACAAAGAACGGCUACCCAAAUAGUUUUAUCAGUCGCUGCAUACGUGCGCACCCACGCCGGACAAACGGAAGAGAGACACCAACAAUUUGGCACUCCCUACCGUACAUAAAGAAUGUGUCCGAGGCUACAGAACGCAUUGCUUCAGAGCUAGGCGUGGGCAUCGCUCAUCAUCCGGUGGCCACCAUGCGUAGCAGGAUCAUGAAAAUGAAGGAACAGCUGGACGCAGGUGAACAGUCGGGCGUAGUCUAUCAAAUCCCGUGCCAAAACUGUCCUUGCCACUACACAGACCAGAGAGGACGACGUCUCAGCUCACGAAUACUUGAGCGCAAACGGGCCGUUCGGAGAGGCGACCCACUAUCUCAAGUAGCCACUCACACGCUGGAGGAAGGCCAUGAGUUCGACUUCGCCAACAGGCGGAUAUUGGCGCGAGCCGGCAAAAAGACAGGGCGAGAGCUGUUGGAGGCGUGGGUGUCGGACACCAACUCCAUCAACAGACACAUCGAUUUGCCUGCGUGUUAUCACGCGCUCCGCCCACGCAGUCAGGUGGCGCAGCUCACACCGUCGCAAAGUACAAACGGCGUCACCACGCCGGGGGAACAUCGUGGACCAGGCGGCACAAACCCUACCUAG